AUGGACUAUAAAGAAGAGCAAACUCAAGAACUUGAAGUAUUAAAAAGUAUAUAUCCGGAUGAGUUAGAAGAGAUUGCCGAAGACGAAUUUCGAAUAAUACUUGAACCCGAAGAGCAAGACAUAGAUGCGCCAUUAACGGUAGCAUUACGCAUAAAAUUUACUCCAACAUAUCCAGAAAGUUUUCCCGAGAUAAGCAUCGAAAGAAUCAAGGGCGAAUUAUCAGAUGCAGAGCAAGACGAGUUUUUGAAUGGAUUGCUUAAAGUUGUAGAAGGUUCGCUCGGCAUGCCAAUAGGAUUCGACUUGGCAACAUCAUUGAAGGAUAUGUUGACAUCUUAUGUUGUUGAAAACAAAGAAAAGCGGAGACUGGAAGUGGAAGAGAGACUUAGGCGAGAAAUUGAGGCCGAAGAAUCCAAGUUCCAAGGGACCAAGGUUACAGUAGCGUCAUUUUUAGAAUGGAAAGCACGAUUUGAUCAGGAGUUAUUUGAAAAAGAGGAAGCAGCGAGAGGAAGCGCUGCAAUAAGGCGUGAGGAAACCAGGAAACAGAAACCAACAGGUGAAUUUAAAGAAGAGAAUGCGACAAGUCGUUGA